AUGGUCGUCCUUGCGGCUUCGAUUUGCACCCGUGGAGGGAAAGCUGUCCUCUCGAGACAGUUCCGAGAGAUGCCACGAUCGCGUAUAGAAGCUCUCCUUGCCUCGUUCCCGAAACUCGCCGAUAGCGGUACACAACACACCAUCGUCGAACAAGACAACGUUCGAUUUGUCUACCAACCCCUCGACGAGCUUUACAUGGUCCUCAUUACCAACCGCCAGUCGAACAUCCUGCAGGACAUCGACUCUCUGCACUUGUUUGCACAGGUGGUGUCCAGCACCUGCAAGAGCCUCGAUGAGCGCGAGAUCGUUAAGAAUGCCUACGAACUGCUCAGUGCCUUUGAUGAGCUAGUAACCCUCGGGUACCGCGAGAAUCUUACCAUCAGUCAAAUCAAGACAUUCCUUGACAUGGAGAGUCAUGAGGAACGCAUCCAGGAGAUUAUUGCACGAAACAAAGAAUUGGAGGCCACCGAGGAACGAAAACGGAAGGCGAAGCAGCUCGAGAUGCAGCGUAAGGAUGCAGCUCGCAGUGGUCGUCCUGGUGCUAUGGGUGGCAUGGGCGGCGGUAUGGGCAGCAGUGGUGGCAUGCCCCGAAGCCCUUCUUAUCCCUCAUACAACCCUCCUUCGCAAUCGAAUACCAGCACAUACGACUCAUACGAGGCUGAGAAGAAUAAGUCCUUCGGCAAGCCCCUGGCCCCCAAAGCCAAAGGUAUGCAAUUGGGCAAGAAGUCCAAGACGACCGAUAUGUUUGAGCGAGUCAGAGGUGAUAUGGGUAGCGAGAUCGACAAUUCGCCUCUUGUUACACCCGCACCUCAACAGCAAGCUGAAACACCAGAGCCCCGUGUCUCGUCGACCUUCGACCGUGAUGCCAUCCACGUCGCCAUUUCAGAGACCAUUUCGGCCAAGCUAUCUCGAGAGGGCGCUGUUAACUCACUAGCUGUCAGCGGUGACCUCGUUCUGAGAAUCUCGGACCCCAGCUUGACAAAGAUCAGGCUUGGUCUCCAAGCUGUUGCGUCUCACGGAGUCCAGUUUCGCACUCAUCCUAAUGUUGACCGAAAUCUGUUCAACGGCUCCAAGAUCAUCCAGAUGAGCAACACUGCUCGCGGGUUCCCAGUCAACAAUGCCGUCGGUGUUCUACGAUGGAGAGCUUCUCCCAAGGUCGACGAUCCCAGCGCAUGCCCGAUUACAUUCACCGUCUGGAUUAACAAAGAUGGGGACAAGUACAACAUCACAGUUGAAUACGAAUUGACAGGCGGUGACGCUUUGAACGAUGUCAGCGUCGUCAUUCCUUAUGCGGGCAGCGAGCCUGUUGUUUCUAGCUUUGACGCUACUUACGAUGUUUCCGGGGACGCAAUUGAGUGGUCCAUUGGUAACGUAGAUGACGAGAACCCUAACGGUUCGUUUGAAUUCGAGGCAGAGUCAGGCGAUGAGAACGAUUUCUUUCCAAUGACUGUCCGAUUCAACAGGAGUACACCAUACAUUGAUGUUGAUGUCAACACCGCGUCUCUUCUGGAGGAGGAUGAGGAGGUGACAUUCUCCAAAGAAAUCAAGUCUCAUGCAGACAACUUCUUGGUAGAAUAG